UCCCUGGGUCACCUGUAAAAAACUCAAAAAAAAACAAAGCGAACGACGGGUAGUUUAGUUCUGCCGCAAUAUUUCCACCAUGAUCAUCACCAACUUUGACCCAGAGAACAUUGAGGCUCGCCACAUUGUCGGGGCACUCUCGGCCCUAUACGUCCUGUGGUAUGUGCUCUCGGCCAUCCGGGUAUGGCACAGACUCCGCAACGUCCCGGGCCCGGCGCUGGCGAGCUUCUCGCACCUGUGGCUCGGGGGCCAGCACCUUCGGGGCGAGAUCGCGACGGCGCUGCGGGGCCUGCAGCGGUACGGCCCCGUGGUGCGCAUCGGGCCCAACGAGGUCGUGACGGACGACCCGGACAUACUGGCGCACAUGGCCGGGGUGCGCAGCGGGUACGGGAGGCACAGGUCGUUCCGCGAGGGCGUCAAGUUCCACCACCGCCAGGACGCCAUGCUCAACAUCCUGGACCCCAAGCUGCACGACCGGGUCAAGGGCCGGACCGCGGCGGGCUACAGCGGGCGCGACAACCCGGACUUUGAGCGCGCCCUGGACUCGCAGCUGCUGAGGCUCAUCGAGCUCAUCCGCGCCAGGUACCUCUCGGCCGGGGGCGCCGCCACCAGGCCCGUCGACUUCGCCCCGCUCACGAGGUACUACACGCUCGACGUCAUCACGCGCCUGGCGUACGGCCACGAGUUUGGCCACCUGGACGAGGGCACGGACAAGUACGGGUUCGUGGGCGAGGUCGACCGCGCCCUCAAGAUCGUGGCCCUCAUCCGGGCGCUCCCCGCCUUUCGCGCCCUCGCCUUCUCGGAUCUCGGCUUCAGGCUGAUGGGCCCCAAGCUGACGGCCAAAAGGGGCCUGGGGAAAAUGAUGGCGGUCGCCCACAGCCUCGUAGACCGCAGGUUCGAGCCAGACGCUGAGAAGCGCAACGACAUGAUGGGCUCGUUUAUCAAGAACGGGCUGUCGCGGGACGAGUGCAAGGCCGAGGGCAUGCUGCAGAUCGUGGCCGGCUCGGACGGCACGGCGACGACGAUCCGGGGCACCAUGAUGUACCUCAUGUCGACGCCGUCGGCGUACUGCCGGCUCAAGCGCGAGAUCAGGCACGCGCUCGACUCGGGGCUCGUGGCCGGCAGCCCCAUCACCAUGGACGAGUCGAGGCGGCUGCCGUACCUCAACGCCGUCAUCAACGAAGGGUUCCGCAUCAAGAACCCGCUCACGCUCGGCCACUUCAAGGUCGUGCCGCCGGGCGGUGACACGGUCGGCGGCGUCUUCCUGCCGGGGGGCACCGCCAUCGGCCACAACUCGGUGGCGCUGUCGCGCAGCCCCCGCGUCUUUGGCGAAGACGUGGACGUGUUCAGGCCCGAGCGCUUCGCCGACGCGCCCGAGGAGGAGCGCGCGCGCAUGGAGAGGGCGCUCGACAUCAUGUUUGGGGGCGGGCGGUGGACCUGCGCGGGCAAGACGGUGGUCAAGAUGGAGCUUCAAAAGACCGUUUUCGAGCUCCUCCGGUGGUUCGAUUUCCAGUUUCUCCACCCAGAGAAGCCAUGGGAUGAGACCACCAACAUCACCUUCUCGCACUGGAAUAUGUGGAUGAGGAUAACAGAUGCCAAGUGGUGA